UGCCACUGCAUGAAAACAAAUCUGUUAAUUAUUUCUCUCUUACUCUUCUAUUUCUCCUUGUUUCUUCUUCCCACUGCAACCGAAAUUUUCAUCCGAUUCUCGAAAAUCACAAAUAUUUAAAUCCCGUUUCUUCUCAUCUCUGUAUCUGAUCUCUGUCUCUUCUUUAUCUGAAGCCUGACAGUGCUUGCUCCGAGAAGGAGAAAGCGGAUAAAGUCAGGGAGGGGGGAGCAGACUAGUGCAGCAGAGCUUCAAAGGGAUCGAAAAGUUUGAAAGAAAUAGACAUGGCUCCAGGGGAGAAUUUGCAGGUUCUUAAUGCACUAGAUGUUGCGAAAACUCAGUGGUAUCAUUUCACAGCAAUUAUAGUAGCUGGAAUGGGUUUUUUCACAGAUGCCUAUGAUCUCUUCUGCAUAUCUCUUGUCACUAAAUUGUUGGGCCGCAUAUACUACCAUGUUGAUGGUGCUGAAAAACCAGGUAGUUUGCCUCCUAAUGUCUCUGCCGCUGUCAAUGGUGUGGCGUUUUGUGGCACGCUGUCUGGCCAACUCUUUUUCGGAUGGCUUGGUGACAAACUGGGGAGGAAGAAAGUGUAUGGAAUGACACUCAUGAUCAUGGCUCUCUGUUCCAUUGCCUCGGGGCUUUCAUUUGGGAAGGAGCCUAAAGCAGUGAUGGCCACUCUUUGUUUCUUUAGAUUUUGGCUUGGUUUUGGAAUUGGUGGUGACUAUCCACUAUCUGCCACCAUCAUGUCUGAAUAUGCUAACAAGAAGACUCGUGGCGCGUUUAUUGCUGCAGUUUUUGCAAUGCAAGGGUUUGGAAUCUUGGCAGGAGGGGUGUUGGCAAUUAUAAUUUCAGCUGCGUUUGAUGCUAGAUUCAAGGCUCCGUCUUAUGAGGUCAGCCCUGCAGCCUCUACUGUUCCACAGGCAGAUUUUGCUUGGAGAAUCAUUCUGAUGGUUGGAGCACUUCCAGCUCUACUAACUUACUAUUGGAGGAUGAAGAUGCCUGAAACUGCACGUUACACGGCUCUUGUGGCCAAGAACGCGGAAAAGGCUGCCAAAGAUAUGUCCAGAGUCCUGCAAGCUGACAUUGAGGCUGAGCCGCAGAAGGUAGAGCAGAAUUCAGAUGAACCUGCAAAUUCAUUUGGCUUGUUCAGCAAGGAGUUCUUACGUCGCCAUGGGCUUCACUUGUUAGGUACAACAAGCACAUGGUUCUUGCUUGACAUAGCAUUUUACAGUCAAAAUCUGUUCCAGAAAGACAUAUUUAGCGCAGUUGGAUGGAUUCCUCCUGCAAAAACUAUGAAUGCACUCGAAGAAGUAUACAAAAUUGCAAGAGCACAAACACUUAUUGCUUUAUUCAGUACAGUUCCUGGUUACUGGUUUACAGUUGCUCUGAUUGAUAAGAUGGGAAGAUUUACAAUUCAGUUGCUUGGAUUCUCCAUGAUGACGAUUUUCAUGUUUGCUCUAGCCAUUCCCUAUGAGCACUGGACUCACAAGGACAACCGCAUUGGAUUUGUCGUGAUGUACUCAUUGACAUUCUUCUUUGCAAACUUUGGACCCAAUUCCACUACUUUUAUUGUGCCUGCUGAGAUCUUCCCAGCUAGAUUGAGAUCAACGUGCCAUGGCAUAUCAGCUGCAUCAGGGAAGCUGGGAGCUAUAGUAGGUGCUUUCGGGUUUUUAUAUUUGGCUCAGAGCAAAGACAAGGCAAAGACUGAUGCAGGUUAUCCUCCAGGUAUUGGGGUAAAGAAUGCACUCCUCCUGAUAGCCUUUGUCAAUCUCGCAGGCACAUUGUGUACAUUCUUGGUGCCUGAAUCUAAAGGGAAAUCUUUGGAGGAGAUGUCACGUGAGAACGAGGACACUAAUGCAAAUGCAAGUGAAGCAGAAUCUUAAAAGUAGUCGCGUAGAUUAAUCAUCUAGUGGCAUGAUGAACUGAUAUUGUUGCAUUUCACUAUUUAGUUUAAAGUUGCAAGGGCCCGAAAGAUCUGAUGAUAUAUGGUUUCCCUUAUGGUUUGUAACCCCCUUCCCCCAUAGGGUAUCUUUCUUGUAGUAUCAUUUUAACUAUCUCUAUUCUCAUAACAAAACUUUAUGUGGUCAAGCAUAUAUGUUCUCUGAGCACUUUAAGAUAACAAAACUCUAUAUGAAGUCGAAUACAUAUGCUUAUAGGUUUAUGUGUAUAUCACUACAAUCAAAGAAGAAUCAUAUGACAACUGGAUUGCUCUAGCAAAGCUAAAGAAGAUCCCAGGAUCAGCCUCUCCGACUGCAAUAUUUAAUUAUUUAUUUGUAGGCAAUACCUCAGAAAAGACAUUUGCUUGCCGAGGAGAGGCACAAUAUUUAACUCUAGAGACUUCAGUUUGCACGUUCUUUAAGCACUUCAAGAUCCAUCUCUGUAGAGUCAGUAGCUUGAAUUUCGUAAUGAACACCAUCCAUCUCCCUUCUAAACCUCUCUUUUGAUGUGGCAUAUAGCAUCUUGGAACGAAUGCGAGAGGUUGCAGGGGAC